UAAUAAUAAAACAAAACACGUUUAAUAACAAUGAUUGAUCUAAUUUAAUAAUAAAAUUUCAACAAUUUCAAUCAAAAUCUUAAUACUGUCUGAAAGUAAGGAGCGCAUCAUGACUGAAAAUCUGACCAAAAAACAGAUAUCCGAAUUUAAAGAAGCUUUUCUGCUGUUCGAUAAAGAUGGAGACGGCCUAAUAUCUAGCAAUGAAUUAGAUACAAUUAUGAGAUCUUUAGGCUUAACACCAACAGAAUUCGAGCUCCAAGAAGUUAUUAACAAGAUAAAUAAAGAGAAAAACGGAGUCAUCGACUUUUCAAUGUUUCUUUCUUUGAUAUCUAAAAUGAUGGAAGAAAAAGUUGGCGAAAAAGAAAUUAUUGAUGCUUUCAGAGUUUUUGAUGAGGAUGGUACCGGAUAUAUAAGUGUUUCAGAUCUGCGUUACAUUAUGACUAAUCUUGGAGAGAAAUUAACAGAAAAAGAAGUCGAAGAAAUGAUUCGAGAAGCAAAUGCAGAUAAUAAUGGCCGCAUAAAUUAUGUAGAAUUUUCCAAAAAGAUAACAAGUUAAAUAUAUUAUUUAGACCAUUAUUAUACUUUCUUCAAAAUUUUUAGCAUUAGCAUGUUGAUUGUUUUUAUAGAAGAUAGUAAAUAUUCUUAGGUAAAUAGGCCUAUUAUAUUUGUCUGAAAAAAAUUAAUAUUCUUGUAAAAAAUAUGUAAAUUUAUAUUAUUAAAAUUAAGA